UCAUUUUCUAACUUUCUUGAGCAAAUGGGUUGGUGUGACCUGCUAGUAUAAAUCUUGAGCAGCAUGAGAAUGAUCUCCAUUAUAGAAGGUGGAAAAGCAAUCUCCUUCAGAUGCCUCUUGUGUUGCUCUGAGGAAGGAUAAUUCAGAAAAUGGCUGGUGGGUCUUUCACAACAGGAACUGUCACCAAAGAGAGGGCAGAACAGUAUAAAGGGAGAGUCACUGCUUAUGUCAUCAUCGCUUGCAUUGUUGCUGCCACAGGAGGGUCUCUCUUUGGCUAUGAUAUUGGGAUUUCAGGUGGGGUUACUUCCAUGGAUGACUUUCUUCAAGAUUUCUUCCCCUCAGUAUACAGACAUAAAAUGCACGCACGUGAAAACAACUACUGCAAGUACGACAAUCAGGGCCUUGCAGCAUUUACCUCUUCUCUAUACAUUGCUGGUUUAUUUGCAUCCCUGAUGGCAUCUCCUGUUACAAGGAAGUAUGGACGAAGGGCAAGUAUCAUAGGUGGUGGUGUCAGCUUUCUUAUUGGAUCAAUUCUAAAUGCUUCAGCUGUUAACCUGGCAAUGCUGAUCUUAGGCCGGGUUAUGCUUGGUGUUGGCAUUGGAUUUGGAAAUCAGGCUAUUCCGCUUUACUUGUCAGAGAUGGCACCAACCUACCUUCGAGGAGGCGUGAACAUGAUGUUUCAAGUAGCAACCACUUUUGGGAUUUUCACAGCCAAUAUGAUCAAUUAUGGAACACAGAGGAUUAAACCUUGGGGAUGGAGGCUGUCCCUUGGUUUGGCUGCAAUACCAGCUCUUUUGAUGACUAUAGGAGGAAUAUUUCUACCUGAUACUCCAAAUAGCUUAAUAGAACGAGGAUCAAAAGAAAAAGGAAGGAAGCUCCUUGAAAAAAUCAGAGGAACAAAUGAGGUUGAUGCAGAGUUUCAAGAUAUGGUUGAUGCAAGCGAGUUGGCAAACUCAGUAAAGCACCCAUUUCGUAACAUCCUUGAAAAAAGGAACAGGCCAGAGUUGGUCAUGGCAAUUUUCAUGCCUACCUUCCAGAUCCUGACUGGAAUAAACUCCAUUCUCUUCUAUGCUCCAGUGCUGUUUCAAAGCAUGGGAUUCGCAGGUGACGCGUCGCUCUACUCCUCAGCUUUGACUGGUGGAGUUCUUGCCUUUUCAACAUUCAUUUCCAUUGCAACAGUCGAUAAGUUGGGAAGGAGAGCUCUUCUUAUCAGUGGGGGAAUACAAAUGAUCACAUGCCAGCAGGUUAUUGUUGCUAUAAUCUUAGGGGUCAAGUUUGGAGAAAAUCAAGCAUUGUCGAAAAGCUAUUCAAUAUUGGUUGUAGCUGUGAUGUGCUUAUUUGUUCUAGCUUUUGGAUGGUCAUGGGGCCCACUUGGAUGGACAGUUCCAAGUGAGAUAUUUCCAUUAGAAAUCAGGUCAGCAGGGCAGAGUAUCACGGUUGCUGUAAACCUUUUAUUCACUUUCAUAAUUGCCCAAGCCUUCCUUGCCCUUCUCUGCUCAUUCAAGUUUGGGAUCUUUCUCUUUUUUGCUGGCUGGGUUAUUGUCAUGACCAUAUUUGUUUAUGUAUUCUUACCCGAAACCAAGGGAAUUCCCAUUGAAGAGAUGGCAUUUAUGUGGAGGAGGCACUGGUUCUGGAAAAGGGUACUGGCUGAUACACCCGCUGGUAGUGCCAAGGAGUCAGGUGUUGCAGCUUGACUAUCAGAAAUGUUAUCAACUUGCUCAUGAAGCAGUUUAGAAACUGAAGAAAUGCAUCCAGACCAAGAAAGUUUAUCCCUGUUCUAAUCUCAUCGAGUAAACUACAUAACUACAAAGCAAGCUAGUUGAAAGCGACAAUGUAAAAAAGUCUAAUGUACCUGUGAAAAAUGAGAAUACUGGAUAAAUAGUUAUUGAAGAAUAAAAGAAGGGAAAUAUUAUUCUUAUGUAAAGAUGAUAUCUCUUUCUUAUAUAUCCAUUGAUU